CCCGUCCCCCCAGAAGAUCCCCCCUUUGUUAGGCCCAGAGGGGAGAGGUGGAGUAGGGGCGUCGUCCGCUAGGGAGUGGGGUGCCACCCUCAGAUUCAUUAACAAACAGGGGCAGGCUGGGAGCGCCCCCCCCCCCCGCGCGCCCCCAGGCAUUCUUCCAAAGGUCAAGGAAGGCGGGAAAGCGAAAGUGAAAGUCUCCGGGCGGCGGCGCUGCUUGGAAAUCACGUGAUUGAAGAAAAGAGCCCGAAACGACACCCCCACCCCACCCCCACAUCCCACCCGCAGGAAAAGGGCGUUUCGCUUUGUCUCCAGUGAUCAGGUUUCCUGCUUCAGCAAGUGGUUGGACUAGAACACCGCUACGGUCCCUCCCGACUCUGCUAUUCAGGGGUCGAGCGGAGCUUCUCUGCAGUGCUUUCCGCCCCCCCCCCCCGCCUGAAAAUAACCGCUGGAAGCCAAGCCAAGGGAAUCCGCCUGGAACCAUCGGCAGCCAAGGAUGACCUACCAGUCAACUAUUAAGACAGCCGGGGUGGAUCUCAGAAGGGCUUCUGAAAGGGAAGCCAUGGAUGACGACUCCAUGCUGGAUAAAGUCUCCGAACUCCUGCUGAUUCUGGUCGGAAAGUCCGGAGGCGGGAAAAGCGCUACGGGCAACACCAUUCUCGGUCGGAAGGAGUUUGAGUCCGUUGUGGCAGCAAAGACCACCACCCUGCAUUGCCAAAAAGGGCAGGGGGAUUGGCAGGGUAGGCCGAUCUCUGUAGUCGACACACCGGGCAUUUUUGAUUCCGAAAACUAUGAUGAGAAUGUACGACGGGAGAUCAUGGCUUGCGUGGAGCUCUCCCGGCCUGGCCCCCAUGCCCUGAUUUUGGUGAGCCAGGUGGGACGCUUCACUACCGAAGAUGCGACCGCCGCUAAGUGUGUCCGGGAUAUCUUUGGGGCCGAGUCCACCAGGCACACAAUCGUCCUGUUUACCUGCGUGGAGGAUUUGGGCGGGACCCCGCUGCAGGAGUACAUCCAAGAGUCCAAAAACAGGAAUCUGCGGGAAGUGAUUCGGCAGCGCAGGAACCGCGUCUGUGGGUUCAACAACAGGGCCGAGGGAGACGAGCAGAAGAAGCAGGUCUCAGUUCUGAUGAAGAUGGUGGAGGAAACAGUUUCAGCGAAUGGGGGCAGAUACUACACCAACCGGCUGUACCAAAUAACCAAUGUUCGGGACGAGGACGUCAAAGCCUUCCUGCCCAGCAACAAAACAGACAGACAAAGGGCGGGCCAGAGACCCUGGAGCUCCAUCGAAAUUGUCACCGUGGCUGUGUCAUGUUGCUUGUUCGUGGCCAUUGUGAUUGCCAUUAUUCUCAUGGCCCAGUAUUUGUGAGAGGACUUCUCCUUUGUACCUCUGUAACCGUCUGGUUUGGGCCCGCAACCAAAUAGGACGGAUACAGACGUCGAUGCAUAGGACUGCAGAAACAACAAUCGCAACCAGCCUCUACUGUUUAGUGAGGACCUGUAUAUCCCAUGGGUCAGAAGGAGGGCUGUGAAAAUAUCUUCAGACCCCUCCCAUCCUGGGCAGAAUCUGUUUUGAUUUCUCCCCUCAAGGCAACACUAUAGGGCAGGGGUGACAAACUGGAUUUCCUCGAGGUCUAGAUCAGCAUUGGAGUUAUCCUCAGUGGGCUGUGGGGGGGGGCGAGAGACCAGAGACUCUUCCUGCAAUACCCUGCCAGCCAAAAUGGGGUGCGCGAGGGCCCGGGUGCACUCCAUGUUGGCUGCCAGAGGCACUGCGGGCUGGUCCUUCGCUAUUUCCAGGCCAGUCCCGUGGGCCAGAUUUAAGCACCCCGCAGGCCAGGUCCGGCCCACUGGCCUUGAGUUUGACACCCCUGCUACAAGGCAUUGCACACCCAAACAACUAGAUACAGGGAGAGUUUCCCACCCACCCACUCCCGUGCCAUCACUCUGCUGAACAACUGAUUCCCACAACAGUGUCAAAAUGCUUAGUCGGUCUUUCUCGUAUUUCCUAUUAACUGUCUGCUUAUCUUCUUAUGAGUAUAACUUUAUAGCUUAUAUCUUACCAUUUAUAUUGCUUUAUUUAGUAUCUUACCAGCAUUGCUGUCGAUUGCUUGUUUAUUACCCUAGGACUAUCACUGAGUGUUGUGUCUUAUGAUGAUUUUAUUGUAUGAUUCUGGUGCUUUAUCACUUAUUGCUUGUAUGUACUCUGAGAGUUUCUGCACCGGAGACAAAUCCCUUGUGUGUCCAAUCACACUUGACCAAUAAAGAAUAU